UCCCUCCAACACGCACGUUUCGAGAACUCUCUCGUCCCCUCUCUCUCUCUCUCUCUCUCUCUCUCUCUCUCUCUCUCUCUCGCCUCCAUUAAUGGAGGAUCUGAGAAUGGCGUUGAAGGAUCACGCGGAUCUCGCAUCGGAGCUCUUCGAUCGCUUCUCCGCCGAGCUCCGCCGCGGAUUCGCCCCCGCCGUCGAUAACUUUCUAGGGUUUUUCCACGCCGUCGAUUGGAAGGAGCCUUGGUUGAUUGGUGUAAUAACAUUCCAUGUGGUUUUCCUGCUGAUAACCAUCAUCUCAAGGAGAAACAUGAACUUCCAGCUUUCCCUCUCGGUUCUAGCACUUUCUGGUGUAUGUUUUGCUGAAACGAUAAAUAGCAUCUUGGCGAAGCGCUGGAAGAGCUUCGCGGGCCAGAACUAUUUUGAUACUCACGGCCUUUUCAUAUCAGCCCUCUGGUCCGGUCCGCUCCUCUUUAUUACCGCUGUUAUUCUGGUGAAUACUCUCUUUAUACUCUGUGGACUGAUAGUAAAAUGGAAGAGAGCAGAACUCAAACACCGCGCUAGGGCUUCUCGUGGCAAGAAGGAUUAGUUCUUCUUCCUAUCUUCGUCAGCUUUUUGCGGCCAUGUACCAAAAAAGUUGCUGUAUUUACAAAACCAGUGAUCUAAUUAAAGGUAUGCUCACCGGUGAAAUUUUGCGUUUGUAUUUGGUUGCUCAACUUAUCCUGUGAAUUGUUCCGCAGAAACCGAGGCCGCAGUUUCUCUUUUCGACAGGUCACAUAGAAUCUUAGCUUAGCAGUGUUUGAUGAGUUGUAAAACUGCAUGUUUUGUGGCUUGAAACGAAAAAAUUAAACUCAAUUACAACGGUCGCCAAUCUUUCAUGAGCUCUUUUUAUC